AUGAAUAGACUUUUAUCUGAAAAAUUCACUGCGUAUCGAGUUGUCUCUCAGAAGUUCAGCAUUGACGAGGAAGAUACUCCUUUGGUUGAACAUGACACAUCUCCUGCUGAAGAAUCGGUAAUUGCCCUUGUCCACUGUCUUGAGGAUUUUCAAGUACAUCGGGGUUGUAAGGCCGAUAAAAAACGCACAUCAGAUUUCGAAUUGGUCACCUUCAGGCCCGUAUCGAAGCGUACCAAGAUAGAAUGCCCUGGUCUUCCAGCUGUCCCUUUGGAAGAGGAAUCGACGAAAAUACCCACUGAAGACAAGGAGGAAUCUUCAAAACUAGAUAAAAUAAACUUAGCUUCGAAACUGGAUAAAAAACGUACCGUAGAGCGUGCUUUUGGGAUGGCAGGCUUCGAUUUACCCCUCAAACGCGAGAAAAUUCAUCUCCCAGAUGAUCCUUUCGCCCAAGACAAUGAAGAAGAAAGACUUUCACCUCAAGAUGACAAGAAUCUGUCUUCGGAAGAAGCCCCCGGUACUCAAAAGGCACCUUCCAAUAGUGAUCAAGAAGGUCAUCUUUCGCCUGAUCAUAGUCCUAUGGAGCAAGACGAGAAUUAUGAACCGGUCCCAACAACUCCAAUCUGUGAAUGCAAAAAAAAAGCGAUACGCCGGAUAUUAGCUCGUGGAGGAUUUCAAUUAGAUUGUCUACUUGAAGCACCAGAAGAAGAUCAAGGUGCAUUGGCACGAAGUUGUUUUGUUCAUGAAGUAUCAAAGACAGUUGACACGCCCAAUGCCAUGAGGCAAAUUAGGGCUAUGGUGUGA